GGAAAACGCGACGGAUUUAGAAAAAUUUCAUUAUAAAAUAUCAAGAUAUCAAUUGUACGAAAAAGAUGAACCUCUAGUCUCAAAAGUUUUAGAUUUAAUGGCGACCGUUCCGAUUGUUCACGUGGAGCAAAAAGAAGGUGGAACACAACUAAAGCUUAUUAUAGACUAUAAAAACACAAUGCAAGCUUUAUUUAAACCCAUGAGAUUUCCAAGAGAACAGCAAACGCUUCCGAAUCAUUUUUAUUUUACGGAUUUUGAAAGGCACAACGCCGAAAUUGCCGCUUUUCAUUUAGACAGACUUUUAGAUUUCCGAAGAGCUAUGCCGGUCACUGGUAGGAAAUUGAAUAUGACGUCAGAAUUAUACGCAUUAGCGGAAGGAGAAUUGCUCAAAACAUUUUUUGUGUCUCCCUCAAAUAAUCUUUGCUUUCACGGAAAAUGUUCCUAUUAUUGUGACACUGCACAUGCCGUUUGCGGUAAUCCGGAUAUGUUGGAAGGUUCUUUCGCCGCAUUUUUACCCGAUACCGAUUUGGUACCUAGAAAAGUAUGGCGUCAUCCGUGGAGAAGAAGUUAUCACAAGAGGAGAAAAGCUCAAUGGGAACUCGAUCCCAAUUAUUGUGCGGCCGUACGAGAAGUCGAACCUUACGAUCGUGGCAGAAGACUUUUAGAUUUAAUGGACAUGGCAGUUUUAGAUUUUCUUAUGGGUAACAUGGACAGACACCAUUACGAAACAUUUAGAAUAUUCGGUAACGAUACGUUUCCGAUACAUUUGGAUCACGGUAGAGGUUUCGGAAAACCUUUUCACGACGAAAUAUCAAUAUUAGCUCCUAUAUUACAAUGUUGCCUUUUAAGAAGAUCAACAUUAUCAACGUUACUUAAGUAUCACAACGGUCCCGUAAAGUUAAGCGACGCAAUGAGAGAAGCAAUGAAAUCUGAUCCUGUAUCUCCCAUUUUGUGGGAGCCACAUUUUGCCGCUUUAGAUCGUAGAAUUCGAAUCAUAUUGGAGGGAAUCAGAGACUGCAUAAAUAAAAAUGAUACCAAUGACGUCAUUGUUGAUGAUUUAUCCUAG